UGCUGCCGGGGGCAGGGGAUGGUGGCAGGUGUCAGCCCUGCAGGGGGGCCCAUUUCCCAGCCCCCCUGCCCUAUAGCGCGGGGCCAGGCUGCUCCCCGCCUGCGUCCCUAGCUGGGGGGGUCUGGAUCGGUUCCAACCCCCCCGUUUCCCCAGGCCCCAUUGCGGGCCGGUGGGAGGGGGGUGGUGGAGAGAAACUUUCUAAGUGUCUUUAAAAAUCCCAGCGACUCCUGGCUCCCUCCUGCCUAGCCGGGCCCCCCACCGCCAGGCGAAGGCAGACAUCGGGGAGGGGGGAGAGGGCUGGACCCAACUCAGCUCCCCCCUCCCCGCUGGGCCCCUCGGGAGGGGAAAGGCUAAAGCCGGCUUCUGGAUCCCUGCGGGCCCUUCCCCCGGCUGAGCCGCUUAGUCAGGCCGGUUCUCAUUCCUCGGCUGCCUGAGAUUCCCCAAGAUUCCUGCCCCGGGGCGCUCCCCGCGGGGAUGGGGCAUCUUGGGGUGUGACGAUCUCACCGGAGUCUGGGUGGGCCAGAGGCAGCAGAACAGACUUGGGGUUUGGGUCUGGACAUUUCUCCUAGUGGGGUUAGUUGUUCCCUGGCCCGCCGGCCCGGUGCUGAUCCACCCCCCUGCCCAGGAGCGGGCCAUGUCCUAGUGGCGGUUUGGGCGGGGUGGGGUGGGGAACUGGGGGAGAGUGGAUGGUGCUGGAAGGACCCACCCGAGGUGCGGCUUGAGCCUGCUGGGGAAGGCUGGGUGGGCCACGGCACCGCCGGGAAGAUGAGCCUCGUCCUGGGCCCGUACGGCGAGGGCGCGGAGACGCUGCUUCACGGGGAGUUUGGGGCUUACCCCUCCAAGGGCUCCCGCUACGCCCUCAGCCUGACCCAGACGGCGCUGCACAUCCAGCGGCUGGUGCCCAAGCCGGAGACGGACCAGCGCACCGUGGUGCCCCUGGCCGAGGUGGUGGGCUGCCACACGCUGCGCAGCCGGGCGCCGGCCGACCGGGCGGCGUAUUUCUCUGUCUACGCCUACCCGCUGAAGAAGAGGAAGGUGGCGGUGGGGUCGGGGCGCGGGCGGCAGAGGGCGGCACGGACCUUUCAAGUGGACGGGGCCGACGACUACGAGAAGAACCAAGCGGUGGCGGAGAAAUGGGCGGCUGCCAUCAAGUGCCUGGUGCUGGGUAUCCCCAUCUCCAGUGACACAGACAUCGCCCCCAGCCUCCUGCCGCGCCCACGCCGGCUGCUGCUGCUGCUGAACCCGUUUGGGGGCAGGGGCCUGGCCCUCCAGUGGUGCCAGACCCAUGUGCUGCCCAUGAUCACGGAGGCGGACAUCAGCUUCAACUUGAUCCAGACAGAGAGGCCAAACCACGCCCGGGAGCUGGUGAAGAGCAUCAACCUGGCAGAAUGGGAUGGGAUCGUCGCCAUCUCAGGGGAUGGGCUCCUAUAUGAGGUUCUCAACGGGCUGAUGGAGCGCCCUGACUGGGAGCAGGCGAUCAAGAUGCCGGUUGGGAUUUUACCGAGUGGUUCGGGGAACGCCUUGGCCGGAGCCAUCAACUGUAAUGCCGGGCUGGAGCAGGUGCUGGGCCUGGAGCUGCUGCUGAACUGCGCCCUGCUGCUGUGCCAUGCGGCUGUGGCCCCGCUGGACCUGGUGGCCGUCACCACGGCCUCGGGUGCCCGCUGCUUCUCCUGCCUCAGCGUGGCCUGGGGCUUCGUCUCGGACGUGGACAUCGAGAGCGAGAAGUACCGGCACAUGGGCGCCGCCCGCUUCACGCUGGGCACUCUGGUGCGCCUGGCCUCCAUGCACACCUACCGCGGGCGCCUCUCCUACCUGCCCGCCGCCGACGCCACCGCCCACCGGCCCAUCUCCCGCAGCAUCACCGUGGCCCCCAACGGCCGCCUGCCCCUGCAGCGCCUGCCCUUGCACCGCGCCCUGUCCGACAUGGGGCUGUGUGAAGAGCGCCACGCCUUCCGGGGGGCUGAGCCGGCUCCCGCACCCUGCCCCUCGCCCGGCUCCCCGCCCCCCUCCUCCGCCUCCGUCCUGCCCCCGCCCAGCUUCUCCUUCGAGCCUGGGCCGGGGGAGCUGCCGGCCGGCGGGGCGGGUGAGGCCCAGGUGGGCGGCCCCCCGGACGAGCUGUUGGUGCCGCUGGGGCAGCCGGUGCCCGGCUCCUGGGUGACGGUGGAGGACGACUUUGUGCUGGUGCUGGCCAUCUACCAGAGCCACCUGGGGGCCGACCUCUUCGCCGCCCCCUUCGCCCGCUUCGACGACGGGCUCAUCCACCUCUGCUUCAUCAAAGCCGGCAUCUCCCGCGCCGCCCUGGUCCGCCUCUUCUUGGCCAUGGAGAAGGGCAGCCACUUCGAGCAGGAGUGCCCCCAUCUCGUCCACGUGCCCGUCCGGGCCUUCCGCCUGGAGCCCCUCACCCGCAAGGGCAUCCUGACCGUGGACGGUGAGCGGGUGGAAUACGGCCCCAUCCAGGGCCAGGUGCACCGGGCCCUCGCCAGACUUAUCACCGGCAUCAACCGCCUCAAGAUUGCCACCGGCUGAUGCCCCCGGCUGGGCGCGGAGAGAGGGGCCCCAGUCCCCUCUCCGGCCGGCUUGUUUCAGGGGGUAGCCAGAAACGGCUGGAAGGGGACGUGCUGCCCUCCCUCCUGGCGGCAGGGGGCGCAGCGGGGACCAAGCCGCGCUGCCCCUGCCCGGCUCCUGCCUAAAGCUGCGUAUUUAUUGCUUUGAUCCUGGCAUCACCCACUGAGUGAAUGUCACGGGGGGGCGUGACCCCCUGUGGGAGAGGAGGGGGUGUUUCCCACCAUGUGGGGGUCGCAGGCGAGAAAGGAAAGGGAUGGGCUACGUGAGGUGCUGCGCGUGGCCCUUUUUCACCUCUACCCCAUCCCGUGUCCAGGGGCCACUAGGGAGUCGGAACCGGGCCUGUUCCCAUUGCCUGCCACUAGGGGGAGGCUUUGCCCGUGGGGGGAGCCACGGGGCUGGUGCCUCCGGCCACUAGGGGGAGUGGGAGGGGCUGGCAGGUGUCCGAGCAGGUGCUUCAGUACCCCAUGUCUCCCCCUAGGGGCCUGCUGGGGAGCUGCCCUCGCAUGCGUGCCAGGUGUGCAGCCUUCUGUCUCCCCCUAGGGGCUGGAGGCAGGGCUGCAGGCAAGACGCUCCCAUUACACGCGGGGUGGUGGUGGGGAAGUGGCGUUGCAGACCAGUUGCUGAUCUCCGCGGUGCGGUCAUUCUGGCUGCCCGCCCCCGCUCUAACCACUAGCGCCCCCUCCCCCCGGAGCCAGGCUAGAACCCAGGAGUCCUGGCUCCCAGACCCCACCCCACCCCCGCUCUAACCACUAGACCCCCUUCCCCUACAUGAGCAGCAGGUAAAAUUUUUGGAGGGGAGUGGGGUCUAGGGGGUGAGGGCAGUGGUGGGCAGGUAUGUGCCUCAGUUUCCCUCUGUCCCAGAGGCUGGCAGGCUGGCCCCCCUCCGAUGGCCGUGUGCCAGGUGCACCAGAGCCCGGCGGGAAGGGGCAGGGCCCGGCAAAGGAUGCAGGCUGGAGAUUUCUUUGCACUAAAACCUCUGUGUUCUGUGAGUGGGGACGGCCAGCGUCGUGUGCUGCGGGAGGGGGGGGAGAUAAUGUCUGUCUGUCCUGUGU